CAGAGCCGGAAGAGGGCGGGACGAGCCGGAAGGAGGUGAAAUGCUGUCGGUAGACACUCCAAGGCUGUGAAGAUGGCGGCGGCUGCGUGGCUUCAGGUGCUGCCUGUCAUUCUUCUUCUGGGGGCUCCACCGUCCCCAUGGGCGUUUUGGGGCGCAGGGCCGGUACCCGUCGCUGCUGCCGACCGGUCCAAGUGGCACAUUCCAGUACCGUCGGGAAAAAAUUAUUUUAGUUUUGGAAAGAUCCUCUUCAAAAAUACCACUAUCUUCCUGAAAUUUGAUGGAGAACCUUGUGAUGUAUCUUUGAAUAUAACCUGGUAUCUGAAAAGUGCUGAUUGUUACAAUGAAAUCUACAACUUCAAGACAGGAGAAAUGGAGAAAUAUUUGGAAGACCUUAGGGAAAAAAAGGGCUUGUCUGGGAAAUAUCAAACAUCAUCAAAAUUGUUCCAGAACUGUAGUGAACUCUUUAAGGCACAGAGCUUUUCUGGGGAUUCUGUGCAUCGAUUGCCUCUUUUAGGAGAAAAGCAGGAGGCUAAGGAGAACGGAACAAAUCUUACCUUUACUGGAGAAAAAGUCGCAAUGCAUGAUCCAUUGAAAACUUGGCAAGAUGCACCAUACAUUUUUAUUGUACAUAUUGGCAUUUCCUUCUCAAAGGAAUCAUCAAAAGAAAAUUCACUAAGUAAUCUUUUUACCAUGACUGUUGAAUUGAAGGGCCCCUAUGAAUACCUCACACUUGAAGAAUAUCCUUUGAUGAUUUUUUUCAUGGUGAUGUGUAUUGUGUAUGUCCUGUUUGGUGUUCUGUGGCUGGCAUGGUCUGCCUGCUACUGGAGAGAUCUCCUGAGAAUUCAGUUUUGGAUUGGAGCUGUCAUCUUCCUGGGAAUGCUUGAGAAAGCUGUCUUCUAUGCAGAAUUUCAGAACAUCCGUUACAAAGGAGAAUCUGUCCAAGGUGCCUUGAUCCUUGCAGAGCUGCUUUCAGCAGUUAAACGUUCACUGGCUCGAAUCCUGGUCAUUAUAGUCAGUCUGGGAUAUGGCAUAGUCAAGCCUCGCCUUGGAGUCACUCUUCACAAGGUUGUUGUAGCAGGAGCCCUAUAUCUCUUGUUCUCUGGCAUGGAAGGGGUCCUCAGAGUUACUGGGUAUUUUGCUUAUAUCUUGGCUUUGAUAGUUAACCUGGCCUUGUCAACAAUUGAUGCCUGUAUUAUUUUAUGGAUAUUUAUUAGCCUGACUCAAACAAUGAAGCUAUUAAAACUUCGGAGGAACAUUGUAAAACUCUCGCUGUACCGACAUUUCACCAACACCCUCAUCAUGGCAGUGGCAGCAUCUAUUGUGUUUAUCAUCUGGACAACCAUGAAGUUCAGGAUAGUGACUUGUCAAUCGGAUUGGCGGGAGCUGUGGGUGGACGAUGCCAUCUGGCGGUUGCUGUUCUCCAUGAUCCUCUUUGUCAUUAUGGUUCUCUGGCGACCAUCUGCAAACAACCAGAGGUUUGCCUUUUCACCUUUGUCUGAGGAAGAAGAAGAGGAUGAACAAAAGGAACCCAUGCUGAAAGAAAGUUUUGAAGGGAUGAAAAUGAGAAGUACCAAACAAGAACCAAAUGGAAAUAGUAAAGUAAACAAAGCACAGGAAGAUGAUUUGAAGUGGGUAGAAGAAAACGUGCCUUCUUCUGUGACAGAUGUAGCACUUCCAGCCCUUCUUGAUUCAGACGAGGAACGAAUGAUCACACACUUUGAAAGAUCCAAAAUGGAGUAAAGAGUGGGAAGAUGAGCAGUUGAAGAUGCUAGUAUCUGGGAAGAGAUCAUCUUCUGUCAAUCCUCUGCACUGCUCCAUGGAUUAAAGGAGGCAAUGACAUCCUGAUCUGUUCCUUGAUCUUUGUGCUUUGGAGCUGGCGAGAGGUGUCAGGACUAGAACAUCUUAUUGAAUGAUGUUCGUAGGAUGAAAAAAUUCUGCAAGUUUCUUAUUUACAACAUUGAUGCCCCAUUCCCUCCCACACCCUCACAUGGAUGUUGAUGCAACUUAUGUGUGUUCUUCCUGAACCUUCUAUGAUGUUUAAAUUGUUUAAUCUGUCAAACUAAAAAGUUCAACAUCUUUUAAAAAAUGUGACAUCACCAACAUAACAUGUAAUCUCCAGGAGCAACUGCCUGCGAUUUUUAUUUAUUUAGGGAGUUACAUAGGUGAUGGGGAAAUUGUUAAUUAUCUUUCCAUUUCCUGGGAAGCCAAGGUUACAUCUUGAAGAGGUAGUUUUGAGGAAAAAAAGUCCUUAUGACUUGAGCCAUGGUUCUACCAAUAAUUAAAAGAAAGAAAGAAAAAAAAGAGCGAGGGAGAGAAAGAAACUGUUACAGUGUAAUUCAGAUAAUUUUAAAAAGCAAAAUCAAGUGCAAUUUUGUUUACAAAUGGUAUAUAUUAAAGAUUUUUCUAUUUCAGAUGUACUUUAGAGAAAAAUAUUAGCUUAACUCUUUUGACAUCUGCUAUUGUGACACAUCCCAUUGCUGGCAAUGUGGUGCACACUCCAGAACUUUUAACUACUGUUUUGUAAGCCUCAAGGCGACAUUGCAGACUCCAGACAUUGCUUUGUUUGCCUUCAUUCACUGGGUGUUGCACUAGAUGCAGAGAGGCACGCCAUCUAAGUGCUUGUGAAUGAGCACCCUGUUAAAAACUCUAAUUCUUCAGAAGCAGGAGCUAAUACAAAGGAAACAGGUCCUUCUGGUUUAAGUUUUGCUGCAUGAAGUAGUAUGGAGACCCUGGACUGCUGCUCAUUCUUUGGGGUAAACGGUUCUUGUAUCUGGUGUUGGUUUAGAGACUGUUUAUAAGAGACAUCACAAGGUGAUGGGAUUCAUUUGAAGCACUCUAUUUCUGUUCUAAUGGUUUUGUCUACUUUUGCCUUCCAAGAGUUUUGUUCUACAUAGAAAGUUCAUGCCGUUUUUUAAUAUAAAAAAUUUUAACAAAAUUAA